AUGAGCAAGAAGCCCGUCGCAGAGGUCAUCCAGGAGUGGGCCGACGCCGACGCCGGCUGGUCCUUCGAGCGCGGCCGCAUGGAGACGAGCGUGCGCGACAUCUGCUUCGACGCGCCCGCCGUGCUGCCGGCGCAGGCAAAGGCGGGCGGCGCGGCAAAGGUCAAGAAGGAGGACGUCGACUUUCUCGUCGACGAGCUGAUGAUCCCGCGCGCCGCGGCCGAGAGCGCACUGGCGGCCGACGGCGGCGAUGUGGCCAAGACGCUGCAGCGCCUCGUUGUGCCGCCGCCAAACUGGCCGCAAUGA